CUGUCAGGGGACACUGCCAGGUGAAUCCACGCACAGGUCAAGGAACUUACCUCAGACCGGGUUUGGUGAUUAAAAAAACGAGCAAAAAUGGCCGCCACGUUUCGCCGACUCCUUGCGACAGCAGCUCUGCUGGUGCUGAUACAACUCCUCUCCAUCGGCACAACGUCAGCACAAACGACUGCAGCCGCAGGUUCUACUGCAGCCCCCAGUACUGCAGCGCCUUCUACUGCAGCAACUACCGCUGCACCGGUCUCUCUCAUGCGCUACGAAGUAGUGCUGGUGUAUGAGGCCAUUUCCAUCUGGGCUAUUAUCCUGAUUUUGACCAUGCUCGUGGCUGAUGCAAGCAUGAACUUCACCGUUGUGAAGAACGUGGCCAUUGUUGGCCCUAUCAUCGGCAUGCUGCUUUGCGCGGUCCCGAUGAUUUUGGCCCCCAUCUCACCUAAUAACGGAAGCAAUGAGCAGGGUGGGUUUACCGCCCUUAUGAUCCAGUCUACCGUCUGUGCUGUUCUGAGUUUCUUCGCGGCAUUUUCCGGCUACAAGGUCAAGCAGAAUAUUGGUGAAUUUACUCCAACAAACGGAUACGGCAUGCCGCAGACAACUCUGUCUCUGCUGGGUACCGUCGGAAUGAUGCCUGCCAUCGCGGGGACCAUCUUCUCCGCACUCAACGUCGCGGAAGGGUACCAGUGGCCCGGUAUUAUCGUUGGCUGCAUCUGCACCGGACUGAUGACGACAAACUUGAUCUGGUAUACCACACGCGCUAUGACAGGGAAGAACAUGGCCGCCAAAGCAUGAACGUCAACGUCCAGUAAUAGUGCGGCAACAAGGUGACGAAGAAAGGAGACGAGUAAACUGCCAGAAAACCCACCCAUCU